UUUAGUACUCAGUUUGCCAUUGUAUCGACCGUAUAGACCGUUGUGUUGUGUUGUUCCGUGUCGCGCCUUGUGUCCAUCUACAGCCAACUCAAUUCUCUGUGUGUGCGUGUUUAUGUGUGCAUUCGCGCAAGUGCGUGUGCCAUUUCAGUGUACAGCUUUCCGCGUUUCCCCUAAGCAAUAGCUAGAACGCUCCCGUCGAGCUCUCAAAUCCCAAAGUGAAUGACAACGACGACGAGGACACGGCGAAAGGGUGACCUAGAACAGCAGCAGCAGAAGCGGAUGGUGCAAAUUAAAGGCUGGUACUCGAAGUAAAAAUAUUGCAGCAUCAUCAGAACAACAGACGCAUAUAGAGAAACACAAAGACGCACCGUCAAGGAAGGAAUCUCGAACAAGCGAAAGGUGCAUUAAAGGACGAACAUUUGCUCUUGACGACGAGGCCGGUUGAAGGUGCAUUGUUAUUGUUGUAUUGUAUCCAACCUCCCGACGUGGAAAAAGCUUAACGCCGAAGACUUCCGGAAGAGUGUAGCCGGAAGCCGGAAGAACAAGACUGUCGUCCUUCCCCACCCAGCAACCCCCUGUAAAAGCCCGGUCAAAGUUGGACAACCGUUAAGGAGAGAGCACGAAAGACUCACUGAACGUGUCGUAGUGUUGUGCGAUUGUUGUUGCUGUAUAUUGUUGUUUUUUGGCUAAAUGAAUCAAAUUUGGCUGCUGUAGAGAGAGAGAGAGCGAGAGAGAGAGCAAAACAAAAACGGGCCUUCCAACAAACGGAAAACCAGCUCGUCGUGUUGUAACGACGAUCAAAGCAAAAGGAGAUUAAGACAAACCCCCGCUAAAGACGGUACGUUGCAAGUGUGUUCUACGAAUAGAGGUUCUCGUCCGAACGUUCAACCGGGCGCUAAGAUCAAAAACCUUCCUCUCCUAAGCUCACGAUUACGCUGAGUAGUAAAAAGGCUUUCGUUCUCACUCCUGUGAAAAGCACGCUUUUAUCACGCCGCUCGGUAAAGCAGUAAUUAAGCAAGAAAGGGUUUUGGUAGGGUAAAAACACACCCCCGUAUACCACUCUUUCUUUGCCUCUUGCCAACACGCUCUAGCAGCAGGUGGUUUGCACCCGUUGAAGAAAAAAAAACCCCACAUACACACACGACAAGCGCCACCUGUUCCGUGGUUCCCCGAGGACGGUUCGGCGUAUCGGCUAUAGAGCGGCCGUCUAGUCUACACUUUUCGCGCAAGGUAAAAUCCUCCCCCGGCCUCACGACGGAUCCGUAUCCGGCAGCACUGCACAAAAUGUCCAUACCGACCCCGGCUGGACAGCUUGACGGGGCCCUGGCGGCCCCCAAGUACGGGACACUCAUACCCAACCGGGUAUUUGUCGGCGGCAUCAGUGGCGAUACGACGGAAGCUGAGCUGUGCCGUCUAUUUUCAUCGUACGGCAACGUCAAGUCAACGAAAAUCAUUGUGGACCGGGCGGGCGUCAGCAAAGGGUACGGUUUCGUCACGUUCGAGACGGAGCACGAGGCACAGAAACUGCAGAACGAUUGUGAUUGCAUUGUCCUGAGGGAUCGCAAGCUAAACAUUGCGCCGGCCAUCAAGAAGCAGACACUGUGCGCCACGAACGGUGCCGUGUACUAUGCCGCCACCCCGCCAACGCCAGCCAUCAACAAUAUUCCGAUCGAGCAGUUCGCCACAGUCUACCCGCCAGGUGUGCCAACCAUGUAUCCUCCAACGUUGCCGUAUCAACCGUUCUACCAGUACUACAGUGUGCCAAUGAACGUUCCCACCAUCUGGCCUCAGAACUAUCAAGGAAUCUACCCUUGCUAAGCGGCAAAAGGCUGCUGCAGUACGACGUGCGGAAAGCGACGUUAAAGCGUAGUGUAAAGAAACAAAAACACAACACAACAAAUGAUAAGACUAUAAGCGACUAUUAUUGAGACGACGAGAGAACAGCUUCCUGCUACAUCCGAGCGGACUACCGAGCGACAAAGGCGACGGAUGGAGCAACCACAUCACGAACAAAUCUUAUUUAUUAUCAUGAGUAAUAUUUAUACAAAACCUCUAGUGGAGUGGUGCAACCCAGCAGCAGGACAGACAAGAAGUGGCGUAAAAAGGGACGAUUACAAUCUAUGUGUAAAAAAGGGGAAGAAAAAAGUGUCAUUAGAAUCGGCCGAACGCGCCCUUAGGAUACCCACAUGAGCAGAGCAAUAUAAGCAUUAUACAGUGAAACAAACAAAAAAUCGGAGCAAAGCACUGCAAGACAAACGAGUGCAUCGGAGGGAUGCACAUUUGGUUAGCAAAAAGGUAAUUAGUUACGGUUUUGUUACUGUACUUAAUUUGUAUGUAAGCUGUAGGAUAUACUGACAGAUGCGAACGCUGUCGCAGUAUUGCUGCACCAAUGCGCGAUCACCACCGGCGAACGAUUUAAGUGGCGGCAGGCCUCGAGAUGUGAUUUUUUCUUUGGCACAGCAGCUGUUAGCUAGUCUUUUCUGCCUCUGAACAACAGGGCGAAUGUCGUACGAGAGCGCGGCGUUCCUAGUUAUCAGUCACAUUCAGCAAUAAACACAUCAUUUUAAGGGAGAAUGGGCUGGAUUAUGUCGCAACAUACUCACAGCGGCACACAUCACAUGAAAACCCAUUUAACCGCCGGAAGUAAAAGUCAAAGUUGUCUUUGGUCCUAUGGUUUUUUUUGUGCACAACAUCCUUUUGCCGCGUGUUAACCGUCCCCGAAGCCACGAUGUCAAAUGAUGAAAGCGGAUGAUGAUGUUGUGGAAAAGUUUUGAUAUCAAUGCUCUUCUGGCGUAUGCAGUCGGUCGCUUCCUGCCCGAAAGGAUGCAAAAGGUGGAAGCGAAAGAUAAUGUAACACUGCGAAUGACUGCGUCGAUGGUUGACAGGCUGCUGCCCGAAGGAUGGGCGUCGCUGCCUCAUUAUGCGUUAAUAUUGUCAGGCAUCGCACGGCAGUUCAGUGCGGCACCGAAGGGUACCGAAGAGGCUCUGAUGCGAGUUUUUUUUCCCGGGCAAAGAUAUAAGCCGCGUGAGUAAGCGAAAAAGCAAACAGGAACAUCUUUCGUCGGUGGGAAUAGAACAGCCCGCCGUAUGCGAGCAGAAUAGAACGAGAAAUGUGGCAAACAAAAACUAGGUGCACGAGAGAUUCCAUUUACAUCAAAACGCUCCCACCACCGGUACGCCGCAUUUAGGAACACAUCCGGACACGCGUGGAGGUUGAAUGAUGUGUUCGACGCAGCCAUCAUGAUGGUGGCUUUCGGUACGGCGGAUCGAAGCGUAUUUUCCAACCGUGGAGCAGCAAAAAAAAGCAGCGAACAAUAGAAGCGCAGAAAAAACCCCCCUAGUGUACGGAAUUAACAUAGAAACACACAUUUUCCACUCGCACACACUCACAAAAGAAAGGCACAACAUAGCGCGAAGCCUCGAAGGAUAAUGCUUCAGCCCCGGCAGGCGUGCGCUAGGACAAAGAAAGAACGUGCGGAAGAAGCUCCGGUUGUUUUGUGCGAACACUUGUAUCCAAACCGUAGAGAAGCUAUAGACAGGAAGGCCAAAGACAAAGUUGGAGCGGGAUGGGAGCGCUACGCAAACAAACCAAUGCGUAGCGGAGCGGAACGAGAAUGGGUAGGACAGAAAAGGCCGAAAGUCGGGAAUAGAAGAAAAAACAGAACAGCACGAACGGUGGAAGCAUUAUGUGUGAGGGCGAGAGCGAGAGAGAUUGCGAGCGUGUGGCGACAGUAAGAUGGCAAUCCUCUGCAUGUUCCGGCCGACGGUAACUUGAAUCCUGCUUGAAAAUGUGUCCCCGGAAAAACGCUAGAAACCGGUGGUGAAAGGUGAAAAGCACGCUUUCCCAUGACGAUCGCACGCUGGAUGGAUGUGUUAUGUUUUUUUCGGCUGUUCAUUUUUUGGGUCUAUUGUUGUCCGUUGUCUCCCGUACUUACGCUGGUCGUACUCGAGUUGGAUCACCGAUUCGGGGGGAGGAAAAAACCCGCCGGCGUGCGUGUGUGCAUUUGAAGAAAAUGUGCCACAGUUCACAUCGAUCGGUGCUUGUGUGCGGUGUAGGAUAAAGGGAACGGGGGUACGCUGAACAUGAUUCUAAAAGCGCGUAGUUGAAGCAGAAGCUCAUCAAAUAAUUACUUAGACAGCGCAGGCAGCAGCAUCCUAACACACCUAAGGCCGAUAAUAAGAUUUACAUGAGUGAGAGUAGAAUGCGUAAUUGCAACUUUUGCUUUAGCUCUUUCCAAUUUUACGCGCGCCCAGCAGUGGGAUGUAAUGUGAUAUUGGUGUGAACGGUGUGCGAUUCACCGUGUACCGCCACAACCAUUCGAGCCUGUUCAGCCUAGCUCCCGCAGCAAGCAGGGACAGUUGUCGUUUUAGAAACCCCCGUUUAGCAAACAGUGGUCAAAAGCAAAGCAAUACAGAGAGAGAGAGAGGGAGAUGGAGGGAGAAAAAACAAUGUAAAAAGUUCGCUUUUAUCCGCGUUUUUUUUGCGUUCAAAACUACACCUCCGCUCCACUGAGGAAUGGACAAUUACGUGCGAGCUAACCCAAGUACAGCAACACAUAUAUCGAACUGUUGGCAUCUAGCGCAGAAGCAAAGCACAAUGCAAUAUCUAUAUAAAGGGAAAAAAAGAUAAUUUAACACAACUGUCUCAAAUAGCAAAUUACAGCAUCGAGCUCUAGUACGAAGUGUACUGUGACAAUUACUUAAACUUUUAGCAGGUGCAGUAAGCAACCACUCUCAAUCCAAAUUUUUUAGGUGUGUAGUGCAGACACAAAUCAAAUUUAAAACCACAAACACCCCCUCUACAUUAUUGUAGCAAUGAUAUUAGUGCAGAAACUUUACGAUAUGUUGGUGCGCGGAAACGGUUUUUUGGUGCUACCAUGUGCGAAAGUAUUUUGCAUUUGCAGAAAACAGGGCAGAAAAUAGUGUCCGGAAUGCCACACGGAGAAAAUGAUUAGCAAGUGAUCCAUCAAGGUCACCAUCCGGGGCCCUUCCGAUUUUUCUUUACGCCCCCAAUGUUUCGGGGAAAGCUGUUACGCAAAUUGGGCCAUGAUUGAUGGCGACAGGCGAAUUGGAAAUUUCCACCGCUACGCGCUGCGUUUCGAUGUGCUGGUGGAUGCUGCUCUUCUGGUACGGGAAGAAAAAGCUGUAAAGAUGUAGAGCAAUUGCCUACGAUACCGAGUGGUAGCGCACCGUUACUUAGUAUGAAACGGCCACCUGGACGCCUUCUAGUGAUGGUCGGUUUUAGUUUCAAUUCUGGAUCUCCUAGAUACGAUGCAUCUUGCCUGCACGAUCUUUACUUGCAUAGCGUUUCUGUGCGUUCUUGCCCCCCCCCCCCCCCCACACACUUACGCGAGAUUCGCCAUAGUACAUUAGUAUUGCCGCUAGAGGUCGCUUCGGUCGGUUUUAGGUUUAGUCGCAUAAGCAUAAGUUGAAGCUUGUUUUGAUGUUGACCUGUACUGUUGGUGCAGUGCGGUGAAUGCUCUCCGUGGAUCGUGAGGGCAGAGACCCGAAGGCUGUUUUGCUGCAGGUGUGGAGAGAGCUUAAGCAGCUGUGGUAUCGAUAUGGAAACGAUGGCAAUAUGGCUGCCGCCAUCUAGCGGGCGGCAGUGCACCGUAGUAGACAUAUUUAACUAAGACAAAUAACACUCAGAAAAAAAAGCAAUUAGCCCCAAUAGCUUAGAGAGAGAGGGAGAGAGAGAGUGAGUGAGAGAAGCGUUUAGGGGGAUAUUGAGAAGACUGGCUGCCUCCAAGGAAUAGGUGCAGAACGCGGCAGGUGGCAAAUGUGGCCGGAGGGCGUUCUUGUUUGUGAAAUAAUGAUUCUCGCUGCCAUGCUGAUCAAUCAGGUUUCAAAUCAGUUUAAAGAAAAAAAGCAGAAAGCCCCGCUUUAGUUUCAUUAUAGUCACAUUUUGUUUCUCUACUGCUUACUGGUUAAUAAUGCGUCCUCUUUCGUUGAUUAAUGGCUUAACACGUGGUUGUUAGUGUUGGACGGUACCUGUUUUGUUACGUUAAAGACAAUGUUGAUGCGGCAAAUCGUUAUCUGUUGCUUGCUAAAACUGGUUCAACCGUUUUGCUCUGUUGUACCCCGUGCGGUUAUCAUUUAUUUUUGUUUUGUUUGCAUAUGCGUCUUUAUUUGUUUGAUUUCAUCGGGUGCAGAGUCGUUGGUUCAUCGCCGAAAAGACACUUCCCAAUAAGUCACCCUUCCCUGUUGUGCGUGUGGAAGCGUGUCGAGCAUUUUAAGUUGACGCUUGGAGGAGUGCUUGUGAGUGCAUUACAUUAAACCGUAGACGAAAUCAACGGAAUGCGAUAAUGAGACUGCGUUAAACGUGGUAAACCCCGAACAUGAAAGACAAUGAGGCAAAUGAUGGCAGGUUGGCAGUGUCGUUUUGGUAAUUGUUAGUGAAAAAAGAGAGAGCGAGAGAUAACUCUUUAUUAUUUUAAGAGCAAACUCUAAACGGGACGAUAACCAUAAGCCGUAAUAAGUUGUAAGUGAGAGGGAGAAUGAGGUGGGGGAGAAAAUGAAACCAUAAUCUAAUAUUCUAGUGAAUAAAAUAUUGUAGCAAACAAAAAAAGAAACAAAUAACAACACAAUUUAAACUGAUACAGCUGUAGCGAUGUAAUGAAUAGCAGAAAGCCAAACGUUACAGUCGAAUGAAGCGAGACAGAUAGACAGAACGGGCGACGGAAUGCAAUAUAAAAGAAAGCAUAAAAAAAACACAUAAAUCAUCUUUAAAACAAUCUCGUAGACAAAGGGCGAGUUUUUAUCGAAUUAUUUGUUUUUUGUUUGAAGAUGAUCGAUAACCGUGAUCAUGACCGUGAGACGAGAUGACAGUGCUCUAAAACAACAUGGCGUCUAAACUUUAGUAGCGAGCGAACAUGGGAGGGAGAACAUGAAGCAAAGUAUAAAUCACAUCACACCACACACCCAGUAACAUCGAAAACAAAAUGGUAGUCAGCAACAUGUAGAUGUAGACACACCGCCCCGUAGCAGGGAAGAAGUACUCUUCUUCUACCACUCACCAGAUCAUGUGAUGCCACCCCGGCACGUGCACAGUGUUAGGUUUAUUAGUAGGGCAGUUUUGUUAGGGCAGCAGCAAACGUGUCAACGCAACAACCGCACCGCCAUUAUGAGCAAAGGUGAAGCCAUUCCCCGCCUGAUACAAUGUGAUUUGUACGAGAGGAUCGGGCCGGUGAUGAUCGUCACCACCACGAACCACACACAUAAGCAUAAGCGAGCCACAGAAAAUUCUUUCGUCACAGCGCGGCGUACAUCAAAAGAAUAUUCACACAUACAAAAAAAGGAGUGGAAAAAUAAACCCCCUCGCCCCCCACCACAUACAUCAUGAGCACGCACUAGAGAUGCGGUACAGUUGUAAGCGGCGGAAAAAAUAUAUAUCAAAGGUUUCAAAACAUGCAAACAGCAAAAAAAAAAAAUGGCAAGAAAUGUUUUGAUAUGAAAUUUAUUGUUAUUGUUGAACCAGAACCCCCAAGGUGUGUUGGUGCGUUUGUUUGCGUGCGUGUGUGUGUGUGUGUGUGAGGUGUGUGUGAUGGUGAAAACCCGGAAUGGAAAACAACGUCGCUGAAGAUUACCAGAGAAGGUGGACAAAAUGGAUCGGGAAAGAAAAUUUCCCCACACACACACGCGCACUCACUCUUGGAGGUUGUUGAUUAGUGCGCCAUUGUUAGAAGCGGAGUAAGAGCGGCGGUUCGUGUGUUAUUAUUUCGAUUUUUUUUAAAGUGAGAUCAAAACUCACCCCGCCCCUCACCCAUGGAAAUGGAUAAUGGGGGUGCAAUGCGAAGAAAGAACAAACCAUAAACCCGAUUGGUAAACCCAAAAGUAAUCUCUUUGUGAUAAAUUUGCCAAAACAUCUUAACAAGAACGAAAACAGCAAGAAAUUAUUCAACUCAUUAGCGCACAAACCACACACACACACACCUGGACAUUCUGUGCUGGCAGCUAAGGUUAGCUUGUGAAAAGACUCCUUCUGCUCUAUGUGUAUGUGUGUUGGAUUUUUGUUUCAUUUUUAUAAUAAAGAAACUAAAAAUUGUUUGUCUCCUAGAUGUUUUACUCGGUCAGAAUCAGAUUGGCGAAUCAGAUGGCUUCCAUUAGACGACGGUAAUUUUAUUUUUACCGUGUUUAGGGACACUUUUUUUCAACGAUGAUCAUCAUCAUCAUCAUCAGCAGCACUACCACCAGUUAUCUCACGUAGUUUGUGAAGUAAAAUUACUAUUCAUCUCACCACAAACAUCACGCAGCUCUGUUGCAAACUGUAUGGGCGAUAUGUGCAAAGGAGAAAUGAUCAGUUUAUCCUUCCAAUAAUGUGCGCUAUUUGUACGUAUAGAUACGUUUAUUAUAUUAUUUCAUUGCAAAUUGCAAAUAGCGUUGGAUAACACAAGGUGGAAGAAAUCAUUAUUCACAGUCACGAAUCAAAGCUUUUAUAAGUUCUUGUUCACGAACCAUUUUGUUGGACCGGUCAGCCAGACUAUGCGGCUGACCUGCUGCUGCUAAUGCGAACGCUUCUUACGCUCUUUCCACUGUUGGUUGAAAACACAAACCCAAAAGCACAACCAUCAAACGAUCUGGCAAAAACUGUCGUUACUUCAUCUCACACUUCAUCCGGUGGCGAAACGAACGAGGCAGAAACAUAAAAAAAAAUCACCCCAUGCAUCUAGACAUGGUCGUGUGUGUUGUGAGCCCCUUUCUAAGGUAGACGAUCUAAGGAUAAACCUUACUCGACGCAGACUUCUUUCAUUAGCGAGGAUCGAUCGAGUACGGCUGGAGACGAUUGACGACGGGACGGGAGUGAAAUUUUAAAAACGAAUGUAUAAUGUGCUGUAGUAGUAAAACGGACGGACGGUAAACGUGUAAGGAAACCUAAGUAAACAAAGCAAAGCAAAACAAAACAAAACAAAAAAUACAUUAAUAAUAUUGUCUCUAUUGAGAUAUAAAAACAUAUUAUUUAUUUAAACAAAAGAAAACAAACACAUACACUAGUACGGCUAGCUGGUAUUUAGCAGAGGAAGACCGAACAAAAAAAUCACGAUGCGAUCGAGCAAAAAAAAAACUGGGGCAGAAAAGCAAAGCGGCAGAGUAACACAUAAAAUACAAGAAAUUCUAGCCAGACGAGAACAUGAAAAGAAUGAACUAAAGUCUAAUUUAUUUAUAUAAUAAUAUACUAUAUACAGAUAAAAACAAAAAGUAAGCAAUAAAUACAAAAACAUGUAGACAACUGAUAAAGUCAACGGACAGGCAGAAAGGUAAAACUGAAAACACGAAAUUUAAAUCAUAACUACGUGAAAGGAGAGAAGUGAAACAAAAUAGAAAAAAAACACACACACAGAAAAACGUGAAGAUGCAUUACUAAAAAGAAAUAUUAUAAUCGAUAUAUACCAACACUUAUAUAUAUUACAUAUAUAUAUAUAUAUACAAGCAAACGAAGCUAGGAUGUAAGGUAAAUAGAGACAGGAAAGAAAAGGAAGGUGAAAAACGGAGAAAAAACUCAUUCAUUAUGUCAAUCCUCCACCCCCACACACAAAUGCGAUCGAGGACAAGGUGGUCAAACACAGACAAACCCAUACACAUAGUUCACGUAAUAUGCACACUCUCUCUUAAACCCGAAAAUCAACAUAACUCCUAGAUGGUUAGAAAUGUAAGGAAAGACACAACAACAACAAAAAAACCAAUGAAUAAAACUCACUCAAUCUUACCACGAACACACUUACACACAAGCAAAACACUUAAUCUAAUACAUGUACUGGCUACGGAGCCAACGGAAACGAUGAUAUUUUUUAAAAAUAUUAUACCUAUAUACAUACCGGAAUGCGGGCAAGGCAGAUAUAACUACGGAAACGUGAGUGUAUGUGUGUGCGUGCGUGUGUGCGUGUGAGCGUGUAGGCCGAAAGGAUGUUAUGAAACGCGGAAGUAUGGUGGAGGUAGUAAAAUUGAAAUGAUAAGCAUGUCGUGGCGUGUGGUCUAUGAUGGCUAUGAAGUGGGUAAAACAAAAAUACAUAAUUAGGAAAGUUAAGUAAUUUAUACAAUAACAAAAAAAAAAAGCAAAGCAAACCCGUCGAUAGCAAAUCGGGGUAAACAUUUGGAGUGAAAUCUAAAACAAGUAGAGCAAACGAAAUAAAUGAAGAAAAUAGAAAACCGCGCAUAUAUGAUAUAUAUAUACAACAAUAAUGGUAUAUGAGAUGUAAGGAAGAGAAGAAGUGAACAACUCAAAAACAAACAAACAACCCCCUUGUAGAGAUGAGAAAAAUAAUACAAACCCACACAGACAUACACACUCUUACACAUAAACGCAAAGUAAUGUAAUACGGUGAGAUAACACACAAACAAACCCCGUAAAAGAAAAAGAGAAAAAAAAACAUUAAAGGAAAACCUAACGGAUGAAAUGUAUUCAAACUGUCGGUGAUAUUUUUAGAUUAUAGCUAAUAAAUACAAAGGAAAGAAAUGUGUGUCACGAUGGUGUGGCACGGUCGGUAGUAGUGUGCGAAUGUCACGAAACGAAUAACAUAUAAUAAUACUAAUGUAAUUGAUAGUAAGUAAUACGCAAAGGAGGUUAAAUGGUAGAUGAGAAAAAGAGAAGGGAAUGAAAAAGGUAAAAAACAGAUAUGUCACACAGAGAAGUGUAGUAGGGAAGAAAGCACAAUAGGAAAAAAGGGACAGUAGACAAAAAGAUAUGUAAAGCGAGAGAGAGAGAGAGAGAGAGUGCAAUGUAGAGUGAGUGGAAUAGGAAAACAAAGGAGGGAAACGCCUAGGCACGUUUUUUAAACAUCAUCGCUACCGGAACCGCGUGGUGAAGAUAUAUGUUAUUCUCUGUUGUUAUACAGUUUUUCCUACAGUUUUUAGGAGGAAGUUUUUUGGGUGGAAUUUUUUUACAGAGCAAAUUGUGUUAUAUUGGCUUUUGCUUUAUUUUUUGUUUUGUUUGCUCAUCAAUAAGCAAAUAUUUGCAAACACAAGUCUAUGCUGCUUUCCAACUGCAAUUCUCUUCUCCAAUCAUUUUUGUUUUUAAUAUUAUCCCAGUGUUUUUUAAGUUAUAAAACCAUCGUCUAAAUGGUUAAAACAACGUCUCGGUUCGAGUAAAACAGACACCAAGUCGUAAAAAGCUUGAUUGUUAUAUUUUUACUGUGUUUUUGUUUUAAACGUGUGGACAGUUGCUUAAUGAUUUGGAAAACCCUGCAUAAUUGCAAUUUGUAACCAAAAAAAAAAGAUAAUUAAUUUUGUUGCAGAUUAUUUGUUACAAAAAAAAAUAUUUGAAAACAUUUUCAUACGCUAAAGGAUAUUCCGCUGGGCUUCUUCUAACGUUUUUCUUCUUUUGUGACAUUAUUGAGUCAACCCUUCUUUCAGCACCUUUUUACUUACAACAACAUUUUUUAAUCCCAAUUCUUUAUAGAGAGAUAGAGAGAGAGAAAUUAAAUUUAUAGAGAGACAGAUGGAGAGAGAGAGAAUGGUUCUCAGUAAAUUAUCAACCAAUGGACAAUAACGAAAAGGCAGAAAAGAUUUAAACUUUGCAAAUUGCAUCGAAAAAUGUUAGACAACUUUAUUGGAAUUUUAGAAAUUGGAUAAAUAAUCGAUCUUAACGCUAAAAUCUAAACGGGGAAAAAUGGAAACGAAAAAUUAUUUUUUUAAUUUUCUUAGUAUGUCGUACGGUCAGGGCAGCUAGGUUUAUGCACCCGGUACAGUGUGUAACACAACAACACUACUACAAACACUAUUACUACUACUACUACUACUACAACUACUACAAGGCCACACAGACUUAAGUGAAACAUUUAUACAAAACAUACCUAUGUAUACAACACGCACACAAAGGAAACACACACAAACACACAAAAAAACACUAGGAACACAACAAAUGUUUCUGGUUUCGAAGAAAAUUAGUUUUCGUUGCCAAAUCGGUUCGGUACUGGGCAGGAAGAUGAAAGGGAAGAACCACCAUCACACCAACAGCAAGGGCUAGGCUUGACCCUCACAUCGGGUUAAGGUUGGAAAUAGCGAAAAAAAACUCUCAGAACGCGUUGAAUAGGAAAUGAUAAUGUUGUAUUUUAUGCCAAUGGUAGAAGAAUUGGUACGGCGAGGAGCGCAGUGUGCAGCGUGUGAGGUGUAAGGGAAGCGGGAAGCGGAUUAGUAAAAUUUUAAUGCAAACGUAUCUUAGUAGAACAAUUUUGGGCCGGCAUGCACCGAGCGAGAAUACACCGGGGUUGCAUCGGGUGGAAAGAAUCAGCUCUUAUUUAUCAAACUUUAACUAUUUAAGCGCUCGUCUGUACUUUCCCGUUCGGUGGCGGUGACUUCCGUCAGUUGACGUGGCUGGAGUCUGUAAGGGGGGGAAGGAUAAGCAGCGAAAAAAAACUAUCCAACCAGAAGAAGGAAAACUUAUGUCGUUGUUGUUUUCUCUUUAGUUCUUUUUUUAGAUCUGUUUUUCAGUUCACUCCCAAGAAAGUCCGAAAUUAUGGUUUUUUUUUAUAUCACAAGUUCCGUGUUUUUUUUUUAAUGGUUUUAGUUCAUCCUGUCGGUAUGUUUUUAUUUCUUUAUUAUAACUUUUUUAUUUUUUAACUUUGUUUCGAAUUUUACUAUAAUUGUUUCUCUCUGAUUUUCUUGUUUUGUUUCGUUUUAGCCGCGAGAAGGAAGUGAAACUUUGUUUACAAAAACACAAAACACCUUAUAGGUCAAUCGAAAAGCAAUCCAAAAACUCCUAGUCCUCAUUAUCUAUUGUUGAAAAAAAACGGUUACCGGUCGCCUAAAGAUACAUGGAAACGGAGGGAAACUGAAGGAAAGAAAAAAAAGUGUGUGGGGCGAAUGUUUUUCACCGUGUGUUCAACGUUUGGGUGUUGGUGAUGGGUGGCGUGUAUCAAACCCAUCUUUAAUGGUUUGAUAGGAGGCCGCUCCUCUUGGUAAAUUCGAGGGGCUGUCAUCUAGGAAGAUGUGAGAUAGGUAGCGGAAAGCACAGAAGUCAACGCAAUAAACCGCAAGCGCAAAAUAAGCAUUCAGAAGGUGCGAGUAAAAAAGAGCGAUAAACAAAAAAGCAAGAAGAAAACACAUUAAGUACAUAUGGUUGUGUCAAACAAAAAAAAAACAUUAAACUAUUCAUAAUAGUGGAAGAUCGAACAGCAAAAAAAACAAACGUGCAGGUCGUCCUACAGGUCGGAAAAAAAUUGUAGCUUAUUAUCUUAACCAUCGACACACAUCGAGCACACAUCGUAGAAACUUUUUGUGUGGCAGAAUUAUGUUUUAAACUAAAUCAAAUAAUUUAACAUGCCUUAGUUUCAUGUUCCACUUGUAACGAGCUCUCAGUUCCAUUGGAUAUUGAAGUGAUAUUACUAUUAUUUGCAUACCGACCCGAUACAUCGAGACAGUUUAGCAAUUGAUUGUAAUUUUUUUUGCACGAAAUCCUUUUGAUUGUUCCUUACAUUGAUCAGAAUGAAAUCAUCGUAACCUUUCACUGCGCCACUGCGAAGCAAUACGUUGUCAACUUACAUCCAAUGUGCUGUUUUACAUCCAUAUACAUAUAUACAUAUAUAUAUAGAGAGAGAGAUAUACAACAAAACUACAUUAAGAUGAUCAAGCCUUCCAUACCUGUUGGUGGCAGUGUGUAGUAGCAAAGCAAAGCAAGAAACGAACAUUGAGAGGAUUUAAAUGGAAUGGGGAGUGAUCAAAGAGCAAACAAAAAGAAAAACGGAAAGAAGGAAACCUUAAUAUAUAAUAAGAGGCAACUAUGAAAGAUAUUUAUAUGAAAAGAAGGGUAACAAACAACCCUUCUCUCCCAUCAAGUGUAAGGCCAUGGCCUUUUCUUCAUUUUAUUGUGUCUUCGUAGAGCAUAUAUUGUAGAGGAAGAUACGGUGCAAAAAACUGCAGCAACAACAAAAAGAAAGGUAAACGAGAGAAAUAGACGAAAGAGGGCAGUUAUUAUGAACAUUAUUAUUACUAUUAUUGCUAUUAAAAAGAAUAAACCAGAAAAAAAGAAUAAUGUGAUAGAUUUAAAAAAAGUAUAUAAAAUGAAUAUAUUAUAUAUAUAUAUACAUACAUACAUACCUACCGCGUAUAAGUAUAAGUAAAAAACGCAUGAAAAACGAAGCACUAAAACGGGAAGAAAGAGAUGCAAAAAAACAAAAUCUAAAACUGGUAUAUAUACACAGCAACAACAUGAAAACAAAAAACAACUAUAUAUUACUAAUGGUAAAAAUGAAGAAAAAAAAAAGACAAACCCGACACAUACACAGUAACGAAGCAAGUACGUAGCGAAGUAGGAAAACAAACCUAAAAUGGGGAUGUGAAAGAGUGGAUAGAAGAGGGCAAAAGGAAGCUAUUAUAUUGGUCGGUUGGCGGAAAAUUUUUACUUCUCUCAUUGUAAACCAUGGCAGCAAAGCGAAUGUGGCGGUGCAACAACACAAGGCUCAAGCCCCCUGUCAACAACUACAACAUGCUCUUUAUACCUAUUAUAUACAUAGAUAUAUAUACAUACACACACACACACAGCUCCACAUAACAACACAAUUAUAACAGUAUAAAGAAAGAUGGAAGGAAUGGUCAAGUGAGCGAAAAACGAAGGAAACACAAACACCGUAACACAUAGCGCGUCAAUAAUGGUAUAUCUAUACACAGUGUACUUAGCUAAAGCAUACCACGAAGCACAAAGUGGAACACAGAGUGGACACUGGUCAAACAAAUAUUUCAGUAACAAAGCAAAGAAAAAACAAAACUUUCACUCUCACUCUCACUCUCUUUCUGUCUGUCUGUCUCGAUGUGUAAUCCCCUCACCCUGCGUAAGAAAGCACAAGCAGAAGGCUGCUUGCAAGUCUAUAAGAAAUAAGCACACUGAAAAGCAACACACAAAAAACACGAAUGAGCUAACGGAGAAGCAAACCGCUGUCAAUGUGAUACUGUGAAUGCUACUACUGUCCUGUGUUUGUUGCCCUUUGUUUAUUGUUACUUCAAAAUUGGGAUUUUCAUUCUUUUUGCCAAUUUAUUUAGUUAUUUUUUUAUAUUAAAAGUAAAAACUGAACUAAUUUAUAAUAAUUAGAAAAAAAAACUUCGAACCGUUUUCUUCUUUUUUUUUCGCUUAAAAACCACAUCAGUUAACAAAUAAAAUGUAACACUUGACACGAUCGCUAACAAAAACGAGAAGCUAACAUACAAGC